CCUGUUACGAUAAGCCGCGUGCUAACAGUCUGUUUUGUAGGUGAGGCCUCUAUCCCUACAGGGGCAGCAGACCACUUUCGGGCAAAAAUGGAGACGUGACACUUGUUGCACUUGUGUGUUUGUUCAAGUGUUCACUACAGCAGGUGGUUUCAUGUUGCCAAUGGUGUAAUGGUCGUUUGAUUCAGGUCAACACGAUCUGAAAUUUGUGUUGCGUGUUGUCGAUCGCCUCGUUGGUCGGUUUCUCGACUAGAGGCUUGUUAUGAUGGGGGAAUUACUUGGCUCUGGAUCUUUUUUGCACCUGGGAGAUAUUGUCUCUUUGUUUGCAGAAGGCAGUGUUUCUGCCUUUCUCAGCACACUUGGUCUCGUAGAUGACAGAUGUGUAGUGAACCCUGAAGCUGGUGAUUUGACUAACCCACCCAAGAAAUUUAGAGACUGUUUAUUUAAAAUAUGCCCCAUGAACCGAUAUUCAUCUCAGAAGCAAUUCUGGAAAGCUGCAAAACAGAGUUCAGCUGGUGGUGGAAUGGGAGAUGCCUCCCUUCUCAAAAGGCUGCACCAUGCUGCGGAAAUUGAGAAGAAACAGAAUGAAACGGAGAACAAAAAGGUGAUGGGCAGUCUGGUUAGGUAUGGCAGCGUGGUGCAGUUGCUGCAUUUGAAAUCCAACAAGUUUUUGACGGUCAACAAACGCCUGCCCGCUCUACUAGAGAAAAACGCCAUGAGGGUGUCGCUGGAUCCUUCGGGCAAUGAGGGUUCCUGGUUCUAUAUUCUGCCUUUCUACAAAUUGCGCUCAACCGGAGAUACCGUCGUUUUGGGUGACAAAGUUAUCCUCAAUCCCGUAAACGGUGGCAGCCAAGUUCUGCACGUGGCGGCUAAUCAUGAACUGCCAGACAAUCCUGGUUGCAAAGAAGUUAAUGUUGUCAAUUCUACAACUCCCUGGAAGAUUUCGCUAUUUAUGGAACACAGGGAAAACCUAGAUGACGUCCUGAAAGGUGGCGAUGUAGUCCGCCUCUUUCACGCCGAACAGGAAAAGUUCUUGACUAUGGACGAACACAAGAAAAAGCAACACGUAUUUUUGCGAACAACUGGCCGAGUUUCGGCUACCUCAGCCACGUCCAGCAAAGCCCUUUGGGAGGUGGAAGUCGUCCAGCAUGACCCGUGCCGUGGCGGUGCCGGCCAUUGGAAUUCCCUUUUCCGUUUCAAGCAUUUAGCCACUGGUCAAUACCUGGCGGCCGAAGUAGAUGAUGACACGGCAGUGGACGGAAUGCGAAGCAAAUUACGCGACUCCAACAACGGCCCGGUAUACCAUUUGGUACCGGUUCCUCAUGCCAAUGAAAUUGCCUCCAUUUUCGAACUGGACCCAACAACUUUAACCCGGGCAGAUUCGCUCGUUCCUCAGUCGUCAUUCGUCCGGUUGCGCCACCUGUGCACCAACACCUGGGUGCAUAGUACGGCCAUACCUAUCGACAAGGACGAGGAAAAGCCCGUCAUGUCUAAGGUGGGCAGCGCCAUCAUCAAAGAGGACAAAGAAGCCUUUGCCUUAGUUCCAGUGCCUGCCAUUGAAGUUCGUGACUUGGAUUUUGCCAACGACGCGUGCAAAGUGUUGGUCGGAGUGUCUGCUCGUUUAGAGAAGGGAACCAUAUCGCAAAAUGAGCGACGAUCCAUCACUAGUUUAUUGCAAGAUAUUAUCUAUUUUAUUGCCAAUGGCGAAGCCGAUCAGAACAAAUCGGAUGCUCUUGAAUUGCAAGUGACCGUUACAAAUCGCGACCGGCAGAAGUUGCUGAGAGAGCAAUCGAUAUUGAAACAACUGUUUAAGAUCCUGCAGACCCCGUUUCUCGAGCCCAGCAAAGACAGCGAAGGCCCUUGGCUUCGAUUGGACGAGCUUCAAGAUCCCAAAAAUGCGCCUUACAAGUACAUUUUCCGUCUAUGCUAUCGCAUAUUCCGCCUCAGUUUCCAGGACUAUCGCAAAAAUCAGGAAUACAUCGCCAAGCACUUUGGCUUCAUGCAGAAGCAAAUCGGUUAUGAUAUUCUGGCAGAGGACACCAUCACGGCUUUGCUUCACAAUAAUCGCAAGUUGCUGGAAAAGCACAUUACGGCCGCCGAGAUCGAAACGUUCGUUGGACUUGUCCGCAAAAAUAUGCGCCAAUGGGAAUGGCGAUUCCUCGAUUAUCUGUCUGACUUGUGUCUGUCAAACAAAGUGGCCAUUCCCGUCACGCAAGAGUUGAUUUGUAAAAGCGUACUCAGCCCUGAAAAUUCGGACAUUUUAUUGGAUACGAGAAUGCUGCUCACUCCACAGGAGAUGGAAAUGGAUCCAGAUAGUUUCAAUUACGAGGACGACGAUGUCAUUCUCAUUUGGGGACGUCAGCAGACCACGAGAAAGUUGGCCGAUUUAGCCCUGAGAGCUCGAGGAGGGGGGGUUGAAGAACAGGCCAUUCUGGACUACUAUCGACACCAAUUGGAUUUAUUCAGCAACAUGUGCCUGGAUCGCCAAUAUCUGGCCAUCAAUAGAUUAUCAGAGCAUCUCGGCAUCGACCUUAUUCUCAAAUCGAUGGCGGACGAAGCGUUGCCUUACGAGUUGCGUGCUUCCUUUUGUCGAUUGCUGCUACACAUGCACGUCGACCGCGAUCCGCAAGAGCCCGUCACGCCCGUCAAAUAUGCAAGGCUGUGGUCCGAGAUCCCCAAACAGCUUUCUAUCGAAGAUUACGACAACAAAUUACCGGAGCACGAGAACAAAGAAGCCGUUCACCAGAAAUUCAAUUCGACCAUGAUGUUUGUCGAAGAUUAUCUCUGCAAUCUCGUGCAUAAAGCGUGGAGUCUUCAAUGCAAGGAUCAAAACAAGCUGACGUUCGAGGUUGUGAAAUUAGCAAGGGAGCUCAUCUACUUUGGUUUCUACAGCUUUAGCGAUUUAUUAAGAUUGACGAGGACGUUGCUAAACAUCCUGGACAGUGCGUCUAGUCCUGGCGAUGCUGAAUAUUACCACAAGAACAACCAAGGACCUUCAGGCCAAAAUCAACAGCAAUCCAAUGGCAGCAGCAACAGCCAAGAACUGGACACUCCCGAUGGAGGUGGAGUGCUGCGAUCCCUAGGCGACAUGGGUGCCGUCAUGACCAGUUUGGCCCUGGGUACUGCUGGUUUCGCCAAGUCGCCCAUGCCGCUCUCGUUGCGCAAAAAACAGGCGCAGGCCGCGUUGAAAAAAGAAGACCCGUUGGUUAUGGACACGAAAUUGAAAAUCAUAGAAAUCCUUCAGUUCAUCAUGAAUAUGCGGCUGGACUAUCGCAUCAGCUGCUUAUUGUCCAUUUUCCGCCGAGAAUUUGACGAAUCGAGUCCAUCUGGUCCUACAAGCGGAAAUGACACGCCCAAGUUACUCGAAAAGCGAAUUGAUUUGGAAUCGAUCAGUUUAAAAGCCGAGAGCAUAUUCGAUAAUCACCACACAAAAAUCCACAUAGGAGUCAUGGAGAAUAGUGAAAAUGACGACGAUGAUGGAGCUUUCUGUGAUUUGGAUCUGGACGGCCAAGGAGGCAAGACAUUUUUGCGUGUGUUGCUGCUGUUGACGAUGCACGACUCGCCACCCCUCGUUUCUGGCGCACUUCGUCUUCUCUUCCGCCACUUUUCGCAGCGCCAUGAAGUGCUGCAGGCGUUCAAGCAAGUCCAACUGCUCGUGUCCGACAGCGACGUUGAAUCCUACAAGCAAAUCAAAGCCGAUCUUGACGGGUUGCGUCUGUUAGUGGAGAAAUCGGAAUUGUGGGUCUACAAGGCCAAAAUGGCAACGGCUGAGGACGAAGUCAGCAGUCCAGCAAUCAAUGGAGGUGGGGAUGAAAAGAAGGUUGUCAUCAAAAAAGAACCAGCGGAUCUAUUAGACGAAGAAGGAGGCCAGGGUCAACCAGACUCGUUGCUCCUCGACAAUAACAACAGCAUCAUUCAGCAUCAUCCGCUGCCACCCAACAAGAAACCUGCGGUCCGAGGGCCGAUGCUGAGCACCUCCGACAAACAAGGGUCGGCGAUCGACCUGGACAUUGGUCCGCCAUUGGACGAAUCGCAAGCCAUCAAUUACAAACAAAUCCAGCAAAUCCUGGCAAGAAUGAACCGACUUUGCGUCCAGCCCGUCCUCACCACGGCGUCGUCCGUAGGUAGCCAAGGGGGUAGUGUCGGCGGGGGUAGCGGAAGUGGAUCAGGCGGAGGGUCGAAUAGCAAUUUGAGACCUCGCAAACACGAGCAGCGGCUGCUGAGGAACAUGGGAGUCCACACUGUGGUGCUGGAUCUGCUUCAAAUUCCAUACGAUCGCAAGGAAGACGUGCGGAUGAAUGAAUUGAUGCGGCUGGCUCACGAAUUCCUGCAAAACUUUUGCCGUGGUAAUCAACCCAACCAAGCCCUUUUGCACAAACACCUGGAACUGUUCCUCACUCCCGGGUUGCUGGAGGCGCAAACGGUUUGCGCCAUCUUCCAAGAUAACGCGCAGUUGUGCAGCGAAUUGAGCGACAAAGUGAUCCAGCAUUUUGUGCACUGCAUUGAGACGCACGGCCGUCACGUCGAGUACCUGCACUUUCUCCAGACCAUUGUCAAGGCGGAAGGCCAAUUUAUCCGCAAGUGUCAGGACAUGGUCAUGCAGGAAUUGGUCAAUGUCGGCGAGGAUGUGCUCGUCUUUUACAACGACAAAGCCUCGUUCAAUGCCUUUGUCGACAUGAUGAGAGCCGAACGACAUCGACUGGAUGCCACCGACAGUAGCGGAGCGCUCAAGUACCACAUUGAACUUGUCCGAUUGUUGGCUCUUUGCACGAUGGGCAAGAACGUCUACACGGAGAUCAAGUGCCAUAGUCUUUUGACGUUAGACGACAUUGUGGCCAUGGUGUCGCACAAGGACUGCAUUCCCGAGGUCAAGGAAGUCUACAUCAACUUUCUAAAUCAUUGCUACAUCGACACGGAAGUGGAAGUGAAAGAAAUCUACACCUCGUCUCACAUGUGGAGUUUGUUUGAGCGCAGCUUCUUAGUUGACAUGGCCCGCUGCGCCUCGGCCACUCACGACCGCAAACACGCCGACACGGCCCUAGAGCACUACGUGACUAGCAGUGCCGUGAGCGUCGUCACCACCUUUUUCCGCAGCCCGUUCUCCGACCAGAGCACGGCCGUUCAGACUCGACAGCCCGUCUUCGUCCAGCUGUUGCAGAUCGCCUUCCGACUGUCUCAGUGCGCCUGGCUGAGCUCGUCGCAGCGACACAAUGUCGAGAGUUGCAUCCGCACUUUGUCCGACAUGGCCCGCAGUCGCAGCAUUGCCAUCCCUUCCGAUCUGGACAAUCAGGUGACGUCCCUUUUCAACAAACCGACCCUUCACUUGGGCGCCAGCAAGGCCAGCAAAAUUUUUCGAUCCUCGCGACUUCAAUCGGCGCAACUGAGCCGCGAAUCUUCACAGUCGCAGUUGAGCGUCCGAUUCGACAGGACCAUCAUAGAAGGACUUCAAGAUAUUGUCGUCCUCUUGGAAGCGCAGCUUCAUCCUUUGGUUCAAGCUGAAUCGUCUGUCAUCGUCGACGUCCUGUACAGGCCAGAAUAUCUUUUCCAGCCAGGCACGGAAGCUCGUAAGAAAUGCGAUAACGGUGGUUUCAUUCGCAGAUUGAUCAAACACACGGAACGACUGUUGGAGGAUAAGGAAGAGAAACUGUGCAUCCAGGUGUUGAACACUUUACGCCAAAUGAUGAACUUUGAUGUGCACAAUGGCGAAAAGGGUGACGCCUUGCGCAAAAACCUUUUGCUUCGAUAUUUCGCCAAACCGACCACCACGAGCAGCAAAAAGGCGGAACACGCUGGCCCGAGUGGAGGUUCGACGACAGCUGGAACUCAUUCGAUGUUGGGUGGCAGCGGUGGAGGCCAAUCGAUGCUGACCACUCACGGCCCUGGAGGUCGUCUGCUAUCGCGAGGUGAAAUGAGCUUGCAUGAAGUGCAAGUCUACCUGGACAGGGAAGGCGCUUCUGAUUUGGUGGCCGAGUUGGUCAUGAAAUCGUCCCUGUCGCCCAACGUCUUUAUGGAAGCAGUCCAGCUGGGCAUUGCUCUGCUCGAAGGCGGAAAUCCCGUCAUCCAACGCAGUCUCUACACGAAAUUGCAGUCGGCCGAGACGAGCGCCGUCUUCUUCAAAGUGUUUCACGACAAAGUGAGAGAAUCGCAAGCGGAAAUACGUUCCACCAUGUCGGUCAACACGGCCGAAAUGGCCUCGGCUGGCAACCACAAGUUACACGAUGCCGCUGCGGACCACAGCAAGGACAAUUAUUCGUACGAUGUGAAGAUGAGAAAUCAACGGAUGAUGUCCACCAGGGCAUCCAAUGGCAACGUUGCCGCGUCUGAGCGAAUGGAUUCCUACGGUUACGAUCCGUGGAACAAUUCGCGGUCGGACGAUUCGACGACGACGACCAUGUUGAGCAGCGUCAAUUCGACGCUCGAGGAUUUGGUCCGACAACAGCAACAACCCAAAUUGAUCGCAAUGGAUUCGGAUGUGGAGUCCAAGUUAUCGGCCAAAGUCCUUGUCAUGUUGCCCGUCUUCCGUUUCUUGCAGUUGUUGUGCGAGAACCACAAUCGAGAUUUGCAAAAUUUUCUACGCGCCCAAUCCAACAAAAACAGCUACAAUCUAGUGUCCGAAACGCUCAUGUUUCUCGAUUGCAUAUGUGGGUCGACGACGGGCGAACUGGGCCUGUUGGGGCUCUACAUCAACGAGCACAACGUGGCCCUCAUCAAUCAGACACUGGAGACAUUGACAGAGUAUUGCCAGGGACCUUGUCACGAAAACCAGAAUUGCAUCGCCACUCACGAGUCGAACGGUCUCGACAUCAUCACGGCCCUCCUCCUCACAGACAUUAAUCCGCUAGGACAGCGCAGGAUGGAUCUUGUGCUGGAGUUAAAGAAUAACGCGUCGAAAUUGUUGUUGGCCGUCAUGGAAAGUCGAGGGGACAGUGAGAACGCUGAACGGAUCCUGUACAACAUGAAUCCUCGUCAGCUGGUGGACGUGGCCUGCAAAGCGUACCACCAGAAGUUGGUGGGUGGCGAUGAAGCGGCCAGUCCGAAAGAAGUCGGCCACAACAUUUACAUUUUGUGCCACCAGCUGGCGCAGCACAACAAAGAAUUGGCGUCGCUGAUGAAACCCCAACUGGUAGAUGGCACCAGUGGCGACGUUGCUCUGCAGUACUACGCCAAUCACACGGCCCAAAUCGAAAUCGUCCGUCACGAUCGCACGAUGGAGCAGAUUGUUUUCCCCAUACCUGAAAUGUGCGAAUACCUGACGAAUGACACGAAAGUUCGCGUCUUUCACACGGCCGAGCGCGACGAUCAGGGAUCGAAAGUGGCGGCCUUUUUCGAAGGCGUCGACGACAUGUUCGACGAAAUGAAGUGGCAGAAGAAAUUGCGCGGCCAGCCGCUGCUCUUUUGGGUCAGCUCGCACAUGUCCAUUUGGAGUCAAAUCCUCUUCAAUUUGGCCGUCAUCAUCAACUUGAUUGUCGCCUUUUUCUACCCGUUCGACACGGACGGACCGGCACCCGAUCCCGGCACUCACCUCUCGGGUCUCAUCUGGGCUGUCAUGCUCUUAUCGGCCGCAGUGGCCAUUACGCUGCCUAAGCCGUCGGGCAUCCGGACGCUCGUCAUGACCGUCAUUCUGCGGCUCAUCUGCUCUGCCGGCCCUCAACCCACGCUGAUGCUCUUGGGCACAGCCACGGUCGCCUUAAAGGGCAUCCAUCUGUUGAGCAUCAUGGGCAACGCCGGAACAUUCCAGCGCAGUGUCAGGCAAAUCUGCACCGACACGGAGAUUGUCUACCACGUCGUUUACCUGAUCUUUUGUUUCCUCGGAUUGAGCACGCAUCCGUUUUUCUUCUCCGUCCUUUUGUUUGACGUGGUUUACCGCGAGGAGACGCUGCUCAACGUCAUCCGCUCAGUAACGCGCAACGGCAGGUCGAUUGUUCUCACUGCCGUCUUGGCCCUUAUCCUAGUCUACAUGUUCUCCAUCAUCGGGUACAUAUUCUUCAAGGACGACUUUCUGGUCGAAGUCGAUGAUGACCCGGUGACUGCCGUAGUCCCGGGUACGUGUUCGUCUGACGGCUUGGACUGCCCCAGUCGUUCGACGAAUCCUUUCAUGAGCCAAAUCGAAGAAAAAGGAGAAGGAAAUGGAGGUGAUAAUCGAGAACGAGCUUGCGAUUCCCUCAUCAUGUGUAUUGUCACGACGCUUAAUCAAGGCCUGCGAAAUGGCGGAGGUAUUGGUGACAUCCUUCGUGCGCCAUCUAGCAAGGAGCCAAUGUUUGGAGCUCGAGUGAUUUACGACAUGUUGUUCUUCUUUGUGGUCAUCAUUAUCGUUCUUAAUCUCAUUUUCGGUGUCAUUAUCGAUACGUUUGCCGAUUUGAGGAGCGAGAAACAACAAAAGGAGGAGAUUUUGAAGAACACGUGUUUCACUUGUGGACUCGACCGUUCGCAAUUUGACAAUAAAGCGGUUAGCUUCGAAGAUCACAUCCGACACGAACACAAUAUGUGGCAUUAUCUCUAUUUCAUCGUUCUCGUACGAGUCAAAGAUCCUACGGAAUUUACAGGGCCUGAAAGUUACGUUUAUGCCAUGGUCAAGGACAAAAACUUGGAGUGGUUUCCACGACUUAGGGCCAUCUCGUUAGCCGCCGAGGGUGAAGAAUCGGAGCAAAAUGAACUGCGUUCACUUCAAUCUCAACUGGAAACGACACAAUCACUCGUGGCCACUUUGUCACGUCAACUGGCUGAACUCCGAGAUCAGAUGACGGAACAUCGGAAGCAGAAGCAACGAAUGGGAUUGCUUAAUUCUGCUCCAGCUUAUUUUCAUCACCUCAGCCAAUAAGAAGACCAUACUUGGUCAUUCCUAAUCGCUUUCCUUUUUUUUUUUUAAAUGCACAAGAAAACAAAAGAAGAUACUUCCCCAGCGCUUCCCUUUCUCUUCAGUGUCUGCUAUGAAACUGCCUUGCUGUCGCCACUGCAAUAUAACAACCGUGACAACGACUACAAGAGUCCCAAACUCCACAAUCACCAAUUGUUUAACUCUCGCGUUCUGAUUCUUUAUUGCCCGGUGCCGUGCAACAACGAAUAUUAAUUCAUUCCGUGUCCUGAUUAACGACGGUUCUGCUGACCAAGUUUAUUGUUUCCUGUUCUUUGUUCUUUCGGAUAAUUAGGUAAAACUUUCAUAUUCUUUGUUUUUGUUGAUGGGUUGACUAGACCAAAAGAUCUAUUCGUCAGCUGCAACUCGAUCGUGUCACGUGUUUCAUAGUCUAUGAGACUACUAAUAAUAUUGAUAUAUGUUCUGUUGUCUUUAUUCAGCAGUUGUUUGCUAAUGAAUUCAAACUAAAAAUGAUUCUAUUUCAAAUGUUUAAGUUUGUUGAUUACCGUUUAUUGUGUCAGAUUAUGCAUUCCACUUUUGAUGCCAUCAUGCCUCCAUUGCCAGCACUCAUUUAUUCGGGAAAUAAUAUCAUGUAGCGAUUCUGUCGCAUCACUGCUGCGAGAAAAAUACACCAGUUGACUUGUCA